AUGUAUGUGACAAGGCCUCUUUCCUUGUACCGGAAUUUCCCAAGUGCUCUUUCAAGAGAGCCACCGGAAGGUCCAUACACUGGCUACCUAGUAAUUACUGAUGAAGAAGCAGAAGCAAAACAAACAUACUGUUGGGGUAUGUGUAAGAGCAGAAGAGUUAAAAAGCUACCGUUCCCUCAAGACAAGAUAUUGUCUAUAGUUCAUUCAUCUGAUCAUGAAGAAACUAUAGUGAAGAAGGUUUGGUUCAUCCCAGUUCUUGAUCAGCCUCUAUCCUCUAAUUGCUACUAUGCUAUCAAAGCUAAAGGCUCACGCAAAGGGCAAGCUUGCACGUGUUCAAGGGAGAUGGACAUGGGUUUAUGGUGUUUCAAGAGUGUCAUAAAUGACAUAAAACCAAAGCCAUUAGAUUACAGAAACAUAUACCAACAAUUCAAGAUUCAUAGACAUCACGGAAAGAGUUUCUUCUCUAAGUCUCUUGCCCCGGAUGGUUUUCCUCCAAAAUUUCUAAGAAAAAAGGGCUGGGAAGUUAGAAGCUCAAGAUCUCACAAAUGCGGACUAAGGGAAGCUCUAGGCCUUGAUGUUUCUCUCCGAUCACAACUUCCAAGCUUCGACUUUCCAAUGUCCACCAAGAGCUCCUCUCGUGUCAUGGUUGGGAAAUGGUAUUGCCCUUUUGUGUUUGUUAGAGAAGAACCUAGAAUAAGGAAGCAAAUGAGGAGCACAAUGUUAUAUAGCAUGACUCUUGAGCAAUAUUGGAAGGAGAUUUAUUCAUGCGAGAAUGUUAGCAAUGGAGUAGGAAAUGUUGUGGAUGUCAACGUAAAUGUGCAAAGAGAAAUGGAUUUUGUCUUUGGCAUGGAAGCAAUGAGGGAUGGUAGAGUUAGUCAUGGUGGGAUUAUAUGGUAUAAAGUUGUAAACGGAAACAGUACUAGUGGGAGAGGUUUUAAGGUGGGCUUAAGUGUUGCAACUGUAGAAAAGAUGAAAUGGGUGCAAGAGGCAGGAGGAUGGAUUGAUGGGGCAGAUAGAAAUGAGAGAGUGGAGAGAGUAGUAGAAAUUACAAGUGAAAAUGGGUGGAGGAAGUUUGGAUGUUAUGUGUUGGUGGAGAGUUUUGUGUUGAGAAGAAUGGAUGGAAGUUUGGUGUUGAUAUGUGACUUUAGGCACACCCAUAAAAUCAAAUGCAAAUGGGAAUAG